UGGGGGACUAAAAUGAAAGGGAGAAAAAAAAAACUAAAGCGACGGAGAGAGAGAAAGAGAAGAGAGAGAGAGAGAGAGAGAGAGAGAGAGAGACGGCGACAUCUCCCCUUGCUUCCUUCGUGGCGAUCGAAACCCUAAUUUAACUCCAAAAAAAGAAACUUAACGGAACCUAGGUUUCGCCGCCGCCGCUGGGCGGAGGAAACAUGCGGUUGGGGAGAUGCGUUUAAUCCUCACCGUCAUGCUCUCAUUCAUCCCUUACCUCUAUUCAUCUCCUCACCGUCCCUGCUCUUCCCCCGUCUCUCGUCCUCGCCUCCGUCGCUGCCGUCUCAGUCGUUUCGCCACCGCAUUGGUCGCUACAUCCGCUCUUCUCCUCGCCUCCGUCGCCUGGCUCUCCCUCGUCUUCUCACCCGCCACUUCUCGCUGCUGGCAUCUCCUCAGAGAUUGGGAAGACGCACAUAUCUGGAACAGACGCUACCAUCCUCACAUCCCUACCGAAAGAGAAAUCGAAAUCUCGCCGCCAGCUCUCCCUAUCUUCGAUCACGACGAUGAGAUUAUCCAACCUAGGAAUCGAACUCUCGAUCUCACUCUGAACCACUUGAUGUUUGGCAUCGCUGGAUCUUCACAGCUCUGGGAACGUCGCAAGGAGCUCGUGAGGCUAUGGUGGAAGCCUUCUCAGAUGCGCGGCCACGUCUGGCUCGAAGAGCAGGUUUCACCAGAGGAAGGGGACGAUUCUCUUCCUCCCAUCAUAGUCUCCGAAGACUCUUCUCGUUUCCGUUACACAAACCCCACUGGCCAUCCUUCCGGACUCCGAAUCUCCCGCAUCGCCAUGGAGUCUUUCCGCCUCUCUCUCCCUGGCGUCCGCUGGUUUAUCCUCGGAGACGACGACACCAUCUUCAAUGUUAUCAACCUUCUUGCUGUCUUGGCCAAGUACGAUCCUUCCGAGAUGGUUUACGUCGGAAACCCGUCCGAGAGCCACUCCGCUAACUCCUACUUCAGUCAUAGUAUGGCUUUCGGAGGCGGGGGAAUCGCCAUUAGCUACCCUCUUGCCCAAGCUCUCUCUCGCAUCCAUGAUGAUUGUAUCGAUAGAUACCCUAAGCUAUACGGUAGCGAUGAUCGUCUCCACGCUUGUAUCACUGAACUCGGAGUUCCUUUGUCCAAAGAGCCUGGCUUUCACCAGUGGGACAUUAAGGGAGAUGCUCAUGGCAUCUUGUCCUCUCAUCCCAUCGCACCUUUUGUCUCUAUUCAUCACGUUGAAGCUGUUAAUCCUCUAUACCCCGGCUUAUCCACAUUAGAUAGUUUGAAACUCUUCACAGAAGCUAUGGUUUUGAGCCCCAGGAGUGUUUUGCAGCGAUCCAUCUGUUACGAUCAUACUCGCAAGCUGACUUUUUCCAUCUCUCUUGGUUAUGUUGUACAAGUUUUCCCCAACGUCCUCUCGCCACGGGAUCUUGAGCGAGCUGAGCUUACCUUCUCUGCCUGGAACGGGAUAAGACAUCCCAGUGAGUUUGAUCUUGACAUAAAGCCUCCUGUUUCGUCUCUCUGUAAGAAGCCUAUACUCUUCUUCUUGAACGAGGUAGGACGUGAAGGCAAUGCGACCCUUGGAACCUACUCUAGAUCAUUGGUGAAAGAUGAUUUGAAGAGGAAGCUUCUGUGUUUUCAACGCUCUCCUCCUCUGCCUAAUGUGGAAAAGAUCCAGGUCUUAGGGCUUCCUCUGAGCAAAAAUUGGCACUUGGCACCAAGACGGUUGUGUUGCAGAGCAACUCCAACUACUAAUGAGCCUUUCAGAUUAACAGUUGGGCAGUGUGGAAAGAUCAUUUUGGGUUCCACGAUUAGUUCCCAAUGAACACUUGAUACUGGAUCUAAAGCAUAUGUUCUUUCAGCUCCAUCCUGUGGCUUGUACAUAGGUAAGAUCCGGGACCUUAACUGUUGUCUGACCUAGAAUGCUAAUGCCCAAAAUUUGAAAUAUUUUUCUUUCACUGUCACUCUUUUGUCUAUUCCUCGUUUCACUUUAUUUUUUUGUACAUCUGAGAUUGGUCAAGAACUCAACCCUUCCUGUUGAGAAAUCGAGUGCAUUGUGUACAACAUUUGAUCUUAGCACAACAUUGAAACUUCUUAUCUAUCUCAGUAAUUUGUUUUACUGA